AGAGAAUCCUGAAUCAUCCAAUCUGAUUGGGGUACCUGUCCUACGGGGCCAUCACCCAAUCGACCCCCUCGGAUUGCGCCAUCACCGCCAAUCACGGCUCUUCUCCCACAGUCGGCGCCCAUGCCCUAUAGUAUAGUUAAACGUCCCCCCUCCACUCCUCAACGAUCAUCGCCGGGCACGCCAUCAUGCCCACUACUUGCGACCUCUUGCUCCGAUGACGAGGACUGGUCAACCGUCCUGGCGGGUUCCUCUUUCGCCCGAGUUGACCGGAUGCACGGCAGAAGCGGGGGGACAAGAGGGGAUGGCACGGUCAUCGAGGGGUUAUGAAAUCGGGGUAUAAAAUGGAGGGGUUGACCACU